AUGACGGGGCCGUGCUGCAAUGCUAUUUUGGCUUCUGCAGUUUUUUCCUCUGCUGUCUGUAGCUCGCUGGCCAGUUCUCGUGGACCCUGCCUCAUGGGAGAGGCGGCCGAAGACAUGGAAGAGUUGGGCGGCCGUGCCGAAGGCAGGGCUGAUGGCGGCGGCAACCGUGGCGGCGAGGCACCAGCUGUGCAGGCAUUACGCAGAGUACAGAAAUGCAUGGCGUCGGUGAGAAAAGCUUUGAGUCGAUCCAAAGCACGUGCGGCGACGCUGCAUUUGACCGUGCGGGAAGCGAGCAUCGUGUUGGCGAUAUAUUUGUUGUCGCGGUACAAUCUCAAUGCUGUGGCAUUGUAUGUGGCUUCAAGAAAUGCGGUCCGGCAGCAACCGAGCCACAGUGCAGCAGAGGUGCGUGAGUUGACAGAAAGCCUGUACUUAGAAACUUCCAUCGACGAACUGAUUGCUUUGGAGUGUGGGGAACCUGGAAGACACGCGCGUGUCCGACACGCAGCAGUGUCGUUUUUGGCGGAACUGCGAACAGUUGAAUGGUUGGAGUCUCAAAACAUGCUCGGCGCCGCCCCUAGCUCGGCUGCCAUGGCCAGCAAGUAUCUGAUGUUUUGCGAAGCUUUUCAUGACUCCCGGUGGGACGGUGCGCUGGCGAGGGCGGUCCACAACAAUUCGCUGAAUCACAGCGCUGGGCGGUACUUGCGCAAGUGGUCUGCAGACUUCCGCGAACGCUGGAAUGUUGCUUUUCGAGUGCUUUCGGUGAAGCCUCCUGCACCUUGCGCAGAGCUUGCGGCGAAGGUAAAAACUCUGUGGCAGUGGGUGUUCUGGCUACGCCACUGCUGUAUCGGCGUUGGCAAGAUUCCAAUCUUGCUGAACUUGGAUGAAAGCUACAUCCCCUGGAGCCCUGGCUCACUUGCUGGCAAUGUUCUUCGCAAGACCAGAGUGACGGGCGCGAAGCGUCGCAGGGGAGGCUUUACUUAUACGCCCAUCAUCUGCACGAAUGAAGCUUUGCAGCCCUUGCUGCCCCGUUUCCUUGUGGCCAAGCGUUCUGUUCUCAGCGCUCGAGCAGUGCGGACUGUUUCUGCUCAGAAGCCGGACAACCUACAUAUUUGGCGUGAGGCAAGCGCGUGGUCAACGGUUCGGGUGAUGAAACGUGUACUCGAGGAACUGUCACAUGUAAUGGCUGCUUUCCCGGCCUUCCAAGCAAUCUUGCUUCUGGAUUGUCAUGCUUCCCACAUUCACCCCGACACGGUGCGCGCCGCGAACAACAGCAACAUCUGGAUGGCUGUCAUUCCAGCAGGCCUAACUGGGCUGAUUCAGCCUUUGGACACACUGGCCUUUUCGGCUUUCAAGUUCCAUCUCAAACAGCAAUUUCAGAUGGGUCUGGGAGAGAGCGAGACACUGCCAGAGGAUUUUUUACGCCGAGUCUUUGCUUUGAGCCAGACCUUUUUCAAUGGAAGGAAAUGGAAGGCAGGUUUUGCGUCUUUGGGGUUGGAGCCGGAGGCCCCUGUUCGCUUAUCGCGUGAUCUUCGACCAUAUCAAGAAGCCCUCGCGCUGGUACCUUCAAGUGCGCCCACUGGCGACCAGCUUGCUUCAAUUUUUCCUCGUAAUUACGUCUUGACAGAUGAUCUUUUCGACGCAUGGACUCGUCUUGCGCGUGGUCGGCACCUGCGUUUGCGCUUGGUUUGA